ACAUGGUUCCAGAGAGACUGUGAAAUUAGGGCAAAGAGAGACGGAGAUAAAGAGUGAUCGUGAGAGAGGAGAAGAAGAGAAGAGAAGGAGAAAUGGGGAAACAGCCGGUGAGGAUGAAGGCGGUGGUGUACGCGCUGUCGCCGUUCCAGCAGAAGAUAAUGACGGGGCUGUGGAAGGAUCUGCCCAACAAGAUCCACCACAAGAUCUCCGAGAACUGGAUCAGCGCCACUCUCCUCCUCACCCCUCUCGUCGGCACCUACGCCUAUGUCCAAAACUACCAGGAAAAGGAGAAAUUGGAACAUAGGUAUUGACAUACAUUCGUGGAGCUCGUGGUUGAGAGGACUUCAGGAUUGUCUUCUUGAGAUGCAAAAUUGGAGCUGGGGAUUUUGAAAUAACGUUUCAAGUUUUCUUUUUUGGAGCUAUUCUGAAUAAUUUUCUCGUUGUCUCCUGAGUGCAAGAGAUGGAAAAUUUCUGGAGAAAACCUGGACUGGAUUUCAAUCCUUUUGAGAUGACUCCACUGAUGCUGUAGUUUUCAUUUCUUUUGUCAAACCUGGACGAUUGCUUGAAGGAGUCAAAAUAGCUGGAACGAAUAUAUUUUGGGUACAGUUGUUUCUGGAUU